AUGGGCUGUCUUUGCAACCGAGGGCGUAAGAAGAAAGGAAAACCUCCAAUGGCUGCUAUCCAUAGAAGAGGUAAUCGUUCAAGCACCCAAGCAUCUCAAGGUGGGGCUGCUGAUGGUAUGGCAGCCGGCUCAAGAGACGGUGACAUGGUUGUUAUGACCAAUUAUGGUGCUGCUGUGCUAGCAGCUACAGCUAUUUCAGCGACAGCUGAUUCGGCAACAUUUGUUAGUGACGGUGGUGGUGGUGGUGGAGGUUGUGGUGGUGCUGGGUGCGGGGGAGGAGGAGGUUGUGGCGGCGGCGGCGGCGGUGGCGGAGUAGUCGUUGUAAUUGUUCUUUUGAAUCUCUUCUGUGGAGGACGUAGCAGGGUCGGAGGUGCUGGUGGAAAGAAUGGUGCUGGCGGUUUUGGAGGAGGUGGAGAAGGCAUAGGCGGUGGUGAUGAUGAUGGUGGUGGUGGUGGGGGCGAUAUUGAAACUGGAGGAGAUUUUGGAGGAGGUGGAGGUUGGGACGGUGGUGGAGGAGGUGGAGGUUGGGAUGGUGGUGGAGGAGGAGGUAUUAGUGGUGGUGGCGGAGGAGAUUUUGGUGGUGGUGGUGGUGGCGGCGGUGGCUGCGGUGGAGGACAUAUACAACUCGACUGUAACUUUAACGUUGACCGCGAUGGCGAUGGCCGAUACAUAGAUAUGGAACAUGGUAGCGGUUGUGGGGUAAUUGACGGUGGAGCUGGUGGAAGAGGAGGACGGGAGGAUGUGGCGGUGGUGGUGAAGUUUGACAAUAAGAUAUAG